CGCAAAUACACGGACUGCCGUAUGUGUAAGAGCGCUUGUAUAUCACGCUCAAAGACUUGCAUCACCGCGUUUUGUGUAUACACGCUCGUGCCACUGUCUCGACGCACUGCACAAGCAGUCUUCGCGUAUAAUUUGCACGCAUAAACUGUGUGUAUGACAGAUUAAUGAAAUGGCUCAAGUCAGUAACGAAGAAACCUCCUCUCACCCUCAAAGUAUUAAAUUACCAGCUGCAAUUGAAAUAUUUGCUAAUCUCAAAAAUGCUCAAAAGUUUGCCAUUGAUAUCGGUCUGUCAUUGACGAAAAUCGCUUAUUAUUCAACCGUGCGAUACAGAAAAGCCUUGUACAAAGGUGUAGAUUCACAAUCAAAUGAAGAUUUCCCUGCAGAGAACUCUUAUCAAGUUUCUGAAGGAAAUAGACUUCACUUUGUUAAAUUUGAAACUCGUCAUAUAGAAAGUUGUUUGGAUUUUGUAAAAGAAAAUUUAGUCAAUGUUGAGAGAUUUCAAGGUACAAGUAUUCAAGUAACAGGAGGUGGAGCUUACAAAUACAAAAAAUUGCUCCAAGAUAAGCUAGGCACUGAAGUUGAUAAGAAAGAUGAGAUAUGCUGUUUAAUUAAAGGUUGCAACUUUUUAUUAAAAAAUAUACCUGGAGAAGCUUUUGAAUAUGAACGCCAUGCCAAUCCAGAGUACAAAUUUCAUAAAGCUAGCCCCAAUAUAUUUCCAUAUUUAUUAGUUAAUAUUGGUAGUGGUGUUAGCAUACUCAAAGUUGAAUCUGAACAAGAAUUUGAGAGAGUUGGUGGUACAGCCACAGGAGGGGGAACAUUUUGGGGUUUAGGCUCAUUACUUACUCAAGCCAAGGGUUUCGAUGAAUUAUUGCAACUAGCUGAAAAAGGUGACCACAGAAACAUUGAUAUGCUAGUAAAAGAUAUUUAUGGAGGAGACUAUUCUUCACAAGGCCUUAGUGGUGAUCUUAUCGCAUCGUCUUUUGGAAAGGCAGUAUUUAAUAGUCAAGAUCCAUCAGGAAAUAAAAAUUAUUCUGAAGCAGAUAUAGUGAGAAGUUUAUUAUUCCUCAUAAGCAAUGACAUAGGUCAAAUUGCAAGUUUGUAUGCUUCCAUGCACAACAUGAAUAAAGUAUAUUUUGGUGGUUAUUUUCUCCGCAACCACCCAUUGUCAAUGCAUAGUAUAUCAUAUGCAAUUAAAUAUUGGACAAAGGGUCAAGUAAAGCCUCUUUUUUUGCGUCAUGAAGGCUACUUAGGAGCUAUUGGUGCAUUCUUGUAUGGAGCACAGCCAGAAUCUGAAAAAGGUAGUUGGCUAGAAAAUUUUGCUGGUUCUUCUGGUUUAAAAUCUAAUACUAGAUCUGCCCAACUUGGCAUUCAAAUCGAUCAAUUAGAAAUUGAUCAAGCUGAGAAUGCUGUAGCUUUUUGUCCAUUGUUAAUUGAUCCAGCUACUUAUAAUCCUGAUACUACUGAUUUAUCUCAAGAUAAGGAAGCUAGAGAUUAUUGGCUCAAUUGUUUUGAAGAGUCAGUUGACAAAUUUAUUGCAAGAGCAAUUUAUAGUCAGCCUCAAAGUCCAACUGCUAAAGACAGAGCUUCAAAAUUGAAAGAAAAAUACAUCAGUCGGUUACAUUACCUUCAUGAGCAACCAUUUGGGUAUGGUACUUUAACUGUUAGGACACUAUUGGAUACUAUAGAACAUUGCAUGAAAGAAUUUGAUUUUCCUGACCCUUAUCUUCUUCAAAAAAAGCAAGAAAAUGAAGAGGCUUUGAAACAUUUAAAAAAAAGGCUAGAAGUCAUAGAUAAUUUGGAAGGUUCUGAAAAAAUAGAAGAACUUAUCAAAGGAGUAUUAACUGGAAAUAUAUUUGACUGGGGCGCUCAAGAAGUUGCACUCUUAAUGGAAACAACCAAUUUUCUGUUUGAAGAUGCUCAAAAAAAGAUACCAGAAAGACCUUGGUUGCAAGACUGUUUAGAUAAUUGGAUAAAAAGAUUACAAGAAGAACCUCCUCACAGGUGUGCUGCAGUAUUUAUAGAUAAUAGUGGAGUGGACAUAAUUCUAGGUAUUUUACCGUUUGUAAGAGAUCUAUUGCAACGAGGAACGAAAGUCAUUCUAUGUGCCAAUUCAAUGCCGGCUCUGAAUGAUGUUACUUACCCUGAAUUACAAGUUAUUUUGAAAGAUGCUGCAAAAGUCUGUGACAUCAUUAAAUAUGCUUUGAAUGAAAAUCGCUUAAUGGCGAUGGAAACUGCUCAAGCUGGCCCUUGUUUAGAUUUGAGUCGACUGAAUUUGGAUCUUUGUGUCGCAAUGAUAAAACAAAAUGUUGAUUUAAUUGUCAUCGAAGGGAUGGGUCGAACUUUGCAUACAAAUCUCUAUGCCAGAGUUAAGUGCGAAUGCCUCAAACUUGCAGUCGUAAAAAAUCGUUGGCUCGCUAAGCGUCUGGGUGGUGACAUGUACGCUGUGAUAUGUAAAUAUGAAAGAGAGCUUUCAAAAACUGAUAAUCAAAACAUGGCCAAGACUAAAGAUAUAUGUGAUUGUAACCAAUUAAAAAAAAAUACAAAUGAUUCUAGCGCUCAAGUUCCAACUUCAACCUCAACGGUAAUGUCUAAAACAAUAUAUUUGUCUUGAAGAUAACUUUUAACAAUAAAAAAAAAAAAAUUGAACAUGAUUAAAAGGGCCUGUAAACUGAGAAUGAACAAAAAACAAUCAAUUUUUAAGUAUGAGAAUAAAAUUGUUGAUAAUAUUUUUUUAGUUAGAAUUAAAAUGAUUUGAAAAUCAUUGAAAAACAAUAGCUUUUGUAACUACAGAGCGUAUUAUUAUGAGUACCAAUGGUUGGUACUAAAAGGAUUUUCAAUAUGUCUUCUGUGAUAUUAUGUGCUGAUUUUACUGAUACUAUCUGUACUCAGGUGUUUUUAUACCCUCGGUCGUUAUUUGUCCUUUCGCAAUAUAAGUACCAUCAAUAUUUCAACAGUAUAUAUUAUAUAAAAUAAAAAUAAUCAGUAUGCGUUAUUUUUUUUGAAAUCAAGAUUUUUAGUAUUGAAUGUUAAAUCAUUAAAAGUUCUUGUUAUUUUGUGAUGACUUUUUUAUAGCAGUGGUUAUAUUUAAAUUAAAAGGUAUAAUUAUUA